AAAUUUCAAAUCCAAACGCUACUGUUGACUGCCACUGCUACUGACACACAUCUGUCGUAUCGUGGACCCGGAUCACGUGAAGAAAUCGUGUACCCGGUACACGACUUCUUCACUUUUUAACCUACCAACGAGCCUUUAUAACCUACCGCCGAGCCUUCUGCCUUCCAUCUUCACUUCACGAAAACCCCUUUUCCUCCGCUACUCUGCCUUCCAUCUUUCACAAAAACUUAGCAACCCUUCCAUUAUUUACUUCAGAUUCUGCCUUGCAUCUUCACAAAAACCCUUCUUUCCUUCGCGAUUCUACCUUUCAUCCUUCACAAAAUCGUAGCAACUCUCCCAUUUACUUUAUUCUGUCUUGCAUCAUCAUAAAAACCGCAAUCCUUCCAUUUCUUCACGGAAAAGUCCGCAGCAAGAGGCUCCGUCGACCCUCGCAGUCGGCCUUCACGUAGAAAGGUUUAUUUUCUUCUUGAAAUUUGCACAAUGGAACCUGGCCCUAUUGAUCCUACACAGUUAUAUCAACAACCAUCUCAUCGCUCGCAGUUUAUAUGGGACACUUCCUCCACGGUAGUUUUGAGUUGUCGAAGGAGAGAGGCAGCAUCUCAGCGCACGAUCCCUUUCGAUGAGCGUAUUGAGCCAUACUUAGAGGCUGCUGGAUUUCUUGGAGUGUCCCAGAUUGGAUUCAUGCAAUUGGAUUGGCAUUUAAUUACUGCUUUGGUCGAGCGCUGGAGACCAGAGACUCACACGUUUCAUAUGCCUUGUGGGGAAUGCACAAUCACAUUGCAGGACGUUGCGAUUCAGUUAGGGUUACCGGUGGAUGGAGAGCCUGUUGUAGGAUCGUUAAUUUAUAAUUGGAAGCAAGUAUGUGAGGAUUUUUUAGGAGUUCUACCGCCGGACAUGAAAGGUCAAAGGUUGAGUCUUCCAUGGUUGGCUGAACAGUUCACAAAAUUACCACUAGAUGCUGAUGUUGUGAGUAUUCAGAGAUAUGCUCGUGCAUACAUAAUGCAACUCAUUGGAGGUUGUUUGUUUUCUGACAAAUCAAAUACUCUGGUACAUUGUAUGUUUCUUCCGCUUUUAAGCGAUUUUGACGAGGCAGGUACAUAUUCUUGGGGCUCAGCAUGCCUUGCAUGGCUUUAUAGGGAAUUGUGUCGAGCCAGUAAUGCACAGUCUUUAGAAAUAGCUGGGCCACUAAUGUUACUGCAAAUGUGGGCAUAUGACCGAUUUUCUAUUGUCGCACCACAAGUUGCAUUACAGGCUCCAGUUAAUCGACCACUUGGUUUUAGAUGGAGUGGUGUCCUACCUACAUCGGAACAAUCAGGAAAUAUGUUGUUGACGUAUCGACAAAUAUUUGACCGUUUGAUUCACACUCAGAUUAAUUGGACACCAUAUACACCUGAUAUUAUGGCAUUGCUUCCUGAUCGAUGUCAUAAUGGUCAAUUGAUAUGGACUUACGUUGGCCCUUUGAUAUGCUUCCAUAUCGUUGAGUUGCAUGCACCAGAUCGUGUGUUGCGACAGUUUGGUAUGCAUCAACUUCUUCCAUCAUUUUGCAAUACAAACCCUGCACUACACAAAAUUGAUUUACGAGGCAAACAUGAUCAAGAUUGGUCUAAGAUUCAUGCAAAGUAUAUCACAAUGUGGCAUUCGUGAAAUGAUUCACAUGUACAAGGAGUAGCAACACACAAGCCAACAGUAUCAGAUGACUAUUUUCCUUGGUACUCAUCAAUUACAAGACGAUUUAUCACACCUGAUGGCGCUUUACCCUAUCGCAUGAAUAAGUUUGUUCAAGACAUACAUGCUUACUCAAUGGAACACAACUUAAAAGAAUUGAGCUCAAUGUGCGAUCAAGUCUUGAAAGAUAUAGAACAAAUUAUUCAGCAAACCAGACGACUCAAUGUUGCUGACACGGAUCGAAGACGCAUUCGACGUAAACGACGACAACAAGACAAUGGUGUCGUAGAGGAAGACGAGAUAAUAAUUAGUUUGUAGAUCAAAUUUGUUAUUCAUAUACAUUUCAAUUUAUAUGUAGAAUUAUUAAAAAAAUAUAAUGCAUUUUUAUUUGUA